AAUUCUGCUACCUUUGAAAAUCUGGUUGGGGUGUGGGUUUGACGGUCCAAGUAAUGUUAAAGAUGUUUUACUCUUUGAUAGCUUAAAAUUUCUUAGAUCAUUCAUCAUCUUCUUCCUACUUAAAAUAUCAUGUUUCACUUUAUGUAGAUUAUUUGAGGUUUAUGGCCGGGAAGACUAUAUAAAAUUAACAACAAAAGAUCUAGCUCCUCUACAAGGUGUUGGUCCGCAAAAAUGCUUAGCCUUCAGUGUCGAUGGAACUAGAUUUGCUACUGGUGGAGUUGAUGGAUAUCUCAGAAUAUUUGAGUGGCCAAGCAUGAAGGUCAUAUUAGAUGAACCAAGAGCUCACAAGUCAUUCGUAGACAUGGACUUCAGCUUGGAUUCAGAGUUUUUAGCCACGACAUCCACUGAUGGUGCAGCAAGAAUAUGGAAUACAAACGAUGGUGCUCCAAUAACCACUUUGACUCGAAAUUCAGAUGAGAAAAUUGAACUUUGUCGAUUCUCCAAAGAUGGGACGAAACCAUUCUUAUUUUGCACUGUUCAAAGAGGAAAUAAAUCGCUUACUGGUGUUUGGGACAUAAGCUCGUGGAAAAAAAUUGGGCACAAGAGGCUGCUUAAAAAGCCAGCUUCAAUAAUGUCGAUUAGUCGGGAUGGGAAGUAUCUUGCUCAGUAAGUGCAUAGCCUCCUGAAAUUUCAUUUUUGUACGAAUAUGAAAGCAAAUAGUUCCUGAAGUUUCUUUAUGGAAGUACAUUAAUCUAAAAAUAAAAGUAACUAAAUUUGCGUGAGAUUGAGAAAA